AUGCCUACCGACGCCGCCGCCGCUGCCGCCUCCGCUGCCUCAGGAAACAUCCGCGUCUUCGUGCACUGGGACGAGAACACCGUCUUUGCCGGCGAGGACAUUAAGUGCCGCGUCACCUUCAAGAACGUUGCACCACCCAACAACCACGCCGAGCGCCAGAGGCAGCCCUCCCCCCUCGCCCUCGUGGGCACCCCGAGGAAGUCGGCCUUCAGCAGCAGCAACAGCAAUGGCCUGACGCCACCCGUGUCCGCCAGAGGCACACGAGGCCAUCGGGCGACCUUGAGUCUGAAUGUUCCCAAUGGUCAUUCGAGGAGCAAGAGUGGCAGCACACCUUCCUGGCUACCACAGCAACCCCCGCCGACCACUGCCAGAUCGGGCCACAGCCACAAGCGCUCCGUGUCCAUCGUAUCAAUCGGGUCUGCGACCUCCUCGGCCACGAUCGAGGAUCCAUCCCUGGGCAAUGGGAACCGAAUGCUGCCGCCGCAGCGCCCGGGCCGAGGACACGGGCGGUCAGCCAGUCUACAGAUAUCUCCUCGCGGCAGCGGUGCCUUGAACGGACCACAGUCUGCAUCUUUACCGCAACGAUCAAACACGGCAUACUCUCAAGCGUCGCCCGUAUUUAACAAUCACUCUUUCCCUCCCUCCCGCUAUGGCCAGGGGCGAAUGUCUGGAGUUACGACGGCGCCAAACACUCCUGCACCAGGGCUUUCCCCCAGGAAAGGCUCCCUGCAAAUGCCAGACUGGAAGUUUCCGACGGUCCGCUCACCAUUGUCCGAGUCUCAAGGCACAUCUCCUAAUGGCCAAGAGGAGGAUUAUAUCACGACACCCGUAUCAGUAUCGGGCGGUGGCCUGAAUAAUCUUCCGGUCAGGUCCAAAGACGCAUCCAUACCAUCUGUCGUAGAACAUCCGGCGCCAGCAGCCAGGAUACUCUCGACGACGAGCCUCGCCGAGGGCACACCUAGGAGCAGCGGCGACUUCUAUUCAAUGAGCAAUAACUCGAGCGAGACAUUGGCCUCGGAAUAUGUCACCCAACCGCUACGUAAUGGAGUCAAACCACUUCAUUUGAGAAGAAGCUCUGGCAUCCCAAGUGCAGCAAUGGCAAAGCUGCCAGAAACAUUAAUGAUGGGAUACGCUCAAGUGCAGGGGUCCUUUACAUUGGAUGGCUCGCUCAUCAACUUGGGCCCAUUCGAGGCAGUCAAGCGUAAAGCAGUCCUUGGCGGACAGGGCGGCGGUGUAAUAGGUCUUGAGCCGUCAAAGAGAGACAGCAGCGGGCUUCUCAAGAGCUUUGGCUGGGGCUCUUGGGGCAAUUCAAUUGGCGAACUCCUCGGAGGAAAUGAGCUCAGCAGCAUCAAGGAGAUGCGUGGUACUGCAAGCUCCAAGUCGAUACCUCUUCUUUCGACGCCACAGUCGAUUCUCUUUGUGGACUUGCAACUGGCGCCCGGAGAGAGCAAGUCUUUUGAAUACACCUUCAAACUGCCCAAGGGACUGCCGCCUACGCACAAAGGCAAAGCAAUGAAAAUCACAUACAGCCUCGUUAUCGGCACCCAGCGACCUGGCGGUACAAGGGAGCAACAGGUCAAAUCUGUAGACAUUCCUUUCCGAGUGUUGGGAAGCGUGAACAGUCACGGCGAAAUCCUGGGCCAUGAUCUCAUGUCUCCAUAUAUAAUUCUCAGAGACUUGGCCAAGGUUCAACAACUUGAAAAACACGCUUCCAGUUUGGUGAAGAAGAAACAUCACCACCACUCUGUCAAACCAGAGUCAACUCUGCAAGGAUUCCUUGGCUACGUCGAGGAACUUCUCGACCGACCAAGAAAUGGAGGCGGCCUGCUUUCGCCCACAGCACAGGGCCCUUCCUCUAGGCGCCCCUCGGCAUUCGAAGACGCAGCGACUGCCAGGGACGCGAUAGACCUGGCCAUUUUGCGGUCAAACCUCUCCUCAUACGACAGCGGCCAAAGCACAAAUCGAUUUGAGAUUGCUCGCAACGGACAAAGGGUCGGAGUUGUCAUGCUUGCCAGGCCAGCCUAUAGGCUAGGCGAACAGGUCAGCAUGGCUAUCGAUUUCACCGAGGCAGAAAUUCCCUGCUAUGCUGUACAUGCUGCUCUAGAAACAGCAGAGCGCGUUGAGCCGGCAUUUGCUCUGCGCAGCGAGGCAAGCGUUCACAGAGUUACGCGAAAAGUAUACGGGAGCUCCAGCGAGGCAACUUUGUUCUCACGCCGCGUCGUCUUUAGUCCCACCAUCCCGAUCAACGCCACUCCAGAAUUUAUGACCAGUGGGCUCAGUCUGGAGUGGAAGAUUCGUGUCGAGUUCGUGGUCCCGUCGUCGAGCAUUGAGACGGAAGAGGCAGAGCGCAGGCGUGAAGGUCCACACGCCCUCUUGGAAGAAAUCUCCCAAGACGACCGCGGCGGUCUGGUCAUGGUUGCUGCCGAAAACCUAGAGUGCGAGAGUUUCGAGGUCGCGGUCCCCAUCCGAGUGUACGGCGCCGUGUGUAAUGGUCUCGAGAGGCUGGAGCGUGAUGAAGGCGAAGAAGGCCUAGUCGUGUAG